GUUUUGGUAAGCCAUUUUUGGACACUCUUUUAUACAUUUCUGUUGUAUUUCAUCAAAAUUCAGCAACAUCAGGGCUAUAAUAGCCCACACACAGUUAGAGAAGAUCAUUAGCUAAUGGCAUAUUUGCAAAUAUAAUCUAUUGAAUAACUAUACAACAACAUCUUCAAUAUGAGUGCUGAACACAGUGGAGAUGAGGGUGAAACCGAACCACGUGAAGUUGUGCCAUAUGAGGCACCAAUUACACCGGCUGCGCCUAAAGUUGUUCUGCAAGAAGAAAGUCAAGUUGAAGUGUCAGCAAGUCCAGCUUUCCAAUGCCUUGAUGAGCUUUUUAAAGAAGGUCGUCUAACUGGUACAAAAGUUGCUUUAUUGAAAUCCAAAUAUACUGAGUUGUAUAAGACCUUAGCCAAAACUCGCGACUCAGAAUCAACGUUGCUUCAGGAAGCCAAGGACUUUACUGCUGAACUUGAAAGGCAAAGAUUGGAACUAGAAAAGGCUGACAACUUCCCUGAAAGCUCUAAUACAGAAGUCACAAAACUUAGAACCCAACUACUCAAACAUAGGAAUGAAUAUGAUGAAACCGAGGAGAGAAAUUUCCAGUAUGAUUUUCAAAUUGAAAGUUUACAAGAAGAGAAUAAGAUGCUGGAAAGGGAAUACUCACGUAUGCCCAAGAAAGAAGAAAUUGAUAAGCAGACAAAAGAACUUGAAAAGAACAUAAAAGAGCUAAAAGUAGAAAUAGCGCAAAGACAGCUGGAAGCAAAAAACUUGAGGGAAGAGUUAGAAAACAAAAAUAGAGUAGUUGAUGUUGAGGUAAAAGAACUUGAAAAAGAGAUUGAAAAACAGGAGAAUUUGAAAGGUGAACUUGUGUCUGUGCAGACGUUACCAGGGCAGUAUAUUAAAGAAAUGGAUCGGAUGAACAAACAUAGGAAUGAAGUAGACAAGAAACUGACAGAGCUAAAUGAACAGUAUACAGAACUUAAAACAGCAUUACAGAUGUAUGACACUAAACAAACUACUUUGGAAGAUGACAAAUUUGACAUGGAACAAGAGCUGGAGAAGCAGAGGGGAAAAGUGGAAGCACAACAACGUGAAUUUGAUGGUCUGAUGAAAGAUUAUGAAUAUGCCAAGGAAAGAGAGGCAGUCUACUUAGGUGACAGAGCUACUCUGGAUCUCAGUCUUAGACACAUUCACCUUGAAAAGAAAAACCAACAUGAUCUUCACGCAAGGAAACAGAGAGAGAGGGAUCGUGACUUGAGAAAUCAUAAGAAAACUGAUCUGCAGCUGAAAGUGGCGCUGGAAAAUUUGCUGCACACGCAGUCAGUGCAUGAUAAAGUCAAAUCACAAGCAGAUGCCGCUCCAAAAGAUGAUGGGGCACUAUUUGACAAAAGGAAAGAAUUGCAAAGAGAAGUUGAUUCUACUAAGAGAAUGCUUGCUCAACAGAACUCGCUCACUGCAGUGGAACAAGUCAAAGUGGAACAGAGCAUUGCUGAAGAAGAGAGACUUCUGUAUGAGCAGAGUGAUCUCAGAAUAGAGGUAGUGGAAUUGACAAGAUUGGCUGCAAUCAAGGCUGAUGAAAGAGAACAAAAAGCCAGGGAUUUCAUGCGAGCUGAGCUUAGAUUCCAUAGGGCAAUAGAGGACUUAAAAACUAAAAAACUAUCAAUAUUAGACAAUAAGAAGAAAUAUAAAGAAAUGACAGUAAGACUUAAGGAGUUUGCUAAGAUGUAUGAUGUCAUUAAAAAUGAAAGGAACAAGUGUGUCAACCUAAUACAAACCAGUACGCAAAAAGCUGCAGAGAUGAGAGAGAAAAUAAAAAUCCUGCAGAAUGAAAUAGAGAUCCUGAGAACAUCAAGUAACUCAAAAGAAAGGCAGUUACAGAAGGCACGACUGAAGCAUGUGAAUGCAGUGGUAAUAAGAGACCAGUUAAGGAAUGAGUUUGCUAAGCAGAACAGGCUGGAAGCCGAGAAUAAAGAGAAACGAAAUCAACAGAGAAUGGAUAUAAAUAAGCUUAACCAGAUGAUAAACCAAGCUGAGGAACAAAUGGUGAAACUUAAGAAAAGAUAUGAAACUGCCGUACAACAUAGAAAUGAUAGAGGUGUACAACUCAUAGAAAGAAACGAGGAAGUUUGCAUAUUCUAUGAGAAAGUCAAUAUCCAGGAUGAUAUGAUCCGCAAAGGUGAUAUGGAAUUACAAUCAAGAGAAGAAGAAAUUCGUUUUAUCAAGAUGAAUUUAGCAGAGGAGAAAAGAGCAAUACAUCUUUUAUGGAAGUCUCUUCCCAAUAAAAGAUCUUUGGAUAAUGAUCUUGUUACACUACAGAUUCAGCUGUCACAGUGUCAAGAUCGCAUGGCUGAACUUGAAAGAGAACUAGAGAAUCCUUACAAUGAGGAUAGAGUUAGACUGUUGGAAGGAAAAGAUCUUACUCCACAUGAUCUCAACAACAAAAUUGAAGAACUUGAAAUCAGGUUAUCAGAUAAAGAAGAACAACUCUUGGAGAAGGACCUAGUGUUUGAACAAGUUACCAGACUAUCUGAAAGGGUUCGAAACAAAGCAGAAUCUGGCAAGCUUGAUACACUGAACUUAGCCAAAAAGGUUAAUGAAUUCCAAGCGAAGAUCAAGGAAGUAACUCGAAAGAUGAUGGCAAAAGUUUCGGAACUCUCCAUGAAUCAGGCUCAGGCUAUGAAAAUGCAGCAAGAUUUGAAGUCUAAUGAAGCAAUUCUUGAGCAAGCUUACAUUCGCAUGGAGCAAGGAGAAGCACCAACUGAGGAAGCAGCGAUAGAAUGGGAAAAGAUGAUUAGGGAUGAAAUGCGAAGAGGACGAGAAAGAGAGUAUAGAAGAAUGACGGAAGAAGAAGAAGAACAAUACACUUUAGCUGGUGGCAUGACAACAACUGCUGAGCCAAGACCCAAUGCUUAUAUACCUGAUGAUGACUCUGAGCUUCCUGUACCUAGACCAUACGGUUCCAAUGCACCAUUCAAACCCCAAGAUGCUGGUUCAAGUAUGAGACACAUCAGGAAACCUGUAGUGAAACCUAUUGAAAUUUAAACAAUUUCUAAAAUGAAAACAUUGCAAUUUCUACACUGUUUUAUUAUUACAACUGACAUAUACCAGUUUUGAUAAUACAUGUUUGCUACGUUUAUGUAUUAAAAGAGGGAAUAAUAAUGAUUUUUUUGUUUUUUUUCAAAUAAAUGUACAGGAUAAACAAA